GUUGGCUCACAACAUAGAGGCCGCCCACGGGGGAGAAGCGCAGCAGCGGCGGCGGCGGAGGCAUGGCGGCGCGAAACCUCCUGAGGCGUGCGGUGGGCGGCCACCGCUUCCCUGUCCCCGUCGCCACAGGCGCCCUUGUUGGUUCUGCAAGCCGGAGCAUCGGCGCCGCCGCUCAGGGCCUUCGUCAUUACGCAGCCCCAUCCAGUGUGGAGGAAGCAGUGGGAAACUUGGAAUUGCAUGCACCCAAGGCAAACUGUCGGUCAAAUAUCCCAAAGAAAAAUGGAACAGCCAUGAUGCUUCCACUCCAUUUCCAUUACGAAGAUGUGCUACGUCAGGAUCUGUUGCUCAAACAGAAUCAUGCCAAUAUCAUGCAAGUUCCAGGGUUGUUUGAGAUCAAACUAGCACCAAAAGCAGGCUCCGUUCUCAAGAUCCCAAUUGGAAAAAUGGCUAUGGAAGUUUUGAGUGGUCAGAGAUUCAAAGAGGCAAAAAGUGAUCCUUUUGCUAAAGCAAGAAAGUCUUCUCGAACCAAUCCAUUUAUCGGGGCUGACAAGGACAGUAGCACUGCCUUUGCACAACCGACUGUUCUCCGAGGACAUGCAAUGUACAACUUCUUAGUGAGGAUGCUAACAGUGAUGUCCAUGUUAGAUGCUCGGGCUGAAAUUCAGGAAAACACUAUAAAAUUCUUCAUGGAAACAGAGUUCUGCGAGUUCUCUCCGGAAUUGGAAGACCAUUUCGAGAUCUUUGAGCACAUCCGAGGUUUCAAUGUGACUAUCGCUACUUCAGCCGAUACAAAGGAUGAGACCUCACUACUGUGGAGUGGCUUCACGCUAAAUGAUGAGGGAGAGACUAAGUAAAUUGACUGUCUGGCAGGGGAUGAGGGCUGUUGAUGCUGUCAAAAUGAUAUUGGAGUUCUGGAGGUUCAUGCUCAUGGAGAGCAAUGCAGCAUCCUUCUGUUUUGUAGACUGAAAAUGAGAUUACAUGACUGUUUUUUCGGUAGCGAUGUGUGGAGCUCAUGUUUGAUCACUACAUCUAGUACUAUAUAUGAACACAAUAAUCUAGGCUCUAAUAAGCAUCGUUUUGAUUAUUUCUGUGGUUCCUGCUGUAGUAACAUGGAAUGCUCGUUUCUCUUUGCCAAAACCAUUGCAAAAGAGGGCAACGAAAUGGAGUUCCUCAAGUAUUUUACUA